UCAAAAAUGGCGCUUGACAUUGGCAUAAGUCAAUCGUGUUGCACUUGAAAAUCAUGGAAUUCUACGAAUUAAACCUUCUUUAGUGUAUUGUAUAUUGUAUAUGUUUUGUGUUGUAUAUGUUUUGUGGAGUGAUCUAACUUUUCAAAAUGUCACUGACGAAAAUAUCAAAUAUUAUAAAAACCCUACAUAAUUUAUCUGCAAACCAUGCGUCUAAAUGGAUUAGUUCUCGCGCAAAAACCACUUCGGCCCCCAAAAGCAGUCUGAUGGAAUUUUUCGACGACGAGAAAAACUGGGGCGCACAAGAAGUAAAAAGCGGCAGAUCAUGGAAAAUAGAAGAACUCAGACUGAAAUCAAACACGGACUUGCAUCAAUUAUGGUAUGUUCUUUUGAAAGAACGGAAUAUGCUGCUGACUAUGGAGCAGGAGGCUAAAGAUAGAGUCAGGCUUUUUCCAAGCCCUGAACGACUGGAUAAAGUAGAAGAGUCCAUGGAAAAUUUAGAGUCUGUGGUUAGGGAAAGGAAUAAAGCAUAUCAUAUGCUUGAGACUGGGGAGACAGGUGAAAGACCUGGAAAGAUGGAAACUGGUUACUUUGGAAUUAGAUAUUAUUAUAAGGAUGUCUGAAUAUCCAAUCCCAAAACACAUGAACAAAAAAUGGCAUGAGAAACAUAAAUUCUACACAGAUGGAGCUGAUAGAGAUGUAGAAGACUUCUUGGUGAAGUAUAGAGAAAAGUUGUAUCUUUCAAAAAGGAAACAAAAAAGCCGAGACUUCAACCAUGUGGUGCAAUUGUUGAAAAGGUUCCCAAACAUGGACAUGAAUGCUCUUCAGCAACAAUAUCCUGAUGUAGACAUUGAGAAGGCAAAAAGAAGUAGAAAGGCCAGAGGACAUUAUGCGCCAACAUAAAAACACGUAUUAUUUACCUGUUGUUUAUUGGUAACUACAAUAUUAAGUAUAAUUAUUGUUUAUAUAAUAAAAAACUGAAAUACAGAUAUAAUAUUGUUUUUUGAUUACAUAUAAAUAUUGUAUUCAGUUACUGACCCAAUAUUGUAC